GACAUUGUCAGCAUGCUGUCCUUAGCACUGUUCUACAUCUUAACUGUGAUUUGCUCUGCGAGACGAACACAUGCUUCACCGUUAUACCCAGACUCUAACUUGGAACCUCAGGCAGAUCUGAUCCAGAAGUUGGUGGCAGAAGUAGAGGAUGGGGAAAAUACUGAUCUGAAUGACCAUAUGGAAAUGAAGAAUCUGUACCCACUUCUUCUACAACGAGAUGGAGGCCAGGACGCCUGGAGUAAAGGAGCCAAAGAUUCAGUUCCACGGGAGAAAAUUGUCAAUAUGGUGGAUGACCUGAAAGAGGUUGUGUUAAAGCUUGCGGCAGCCGACAAACUCCGUUCCCAUGGCUUUCUACGGUCGGAGCAGAGCUUGCCGAAAACCAACAAGAGAACAUGCUUCUGGAAAUACUGUGUGACAAACUAAAUGACAAAGCCAAAGAAGAAGAACAAUUUCCACCUUGCCUGUACAAGAUCACCUUUGGUUCCAACCCCAUGCUUUAGUCACAUUUUAAUCUCUAAGACAAUGUGUACAUUGUUUUAUACGUGGAAUAUAGAAUAAAUGAAUAG